AUGAAAUCAAAUACUACGAAGCCAAAUUUUCCAGCUCAUGAAUCACAGCUCAUAACAGAUUCAAUCUCAGCCCUCUAUGUUGUAACAAACUUUAUGAUUCAAUGGUUCACAUCGGUUUCACAAAGAACAAAGACUAACAUAAAUAUAAAAGCAGAAAAUUACAUCGCAUCGAUUCAUUCUAAAAAAACUGCAGAAGAAUCACAAAAAAAAAACUCUCUCAAUUCUCUCCGCUUCAUCUUCUUUGAUCAUCACGAUCAUUCCCUCACCUUCUGUAUCAACACCGUAACUCCCGAGUCUUCAUCAUCAUCGCAAGGAACAACAACAUCACGGUUUAUUCAUCUCAGAACGCAUCAUCUACAUCAUUGCUUCGUUUAUCAUACACCUUCGAUCUUCAACAGUUUUUUCUCUAUUUCAACAUCACCAAUAUCUCUGCACAACGAAUCAUGA